CUUUAUUGAAAAUUAAGAAAAAAUUGGAUUUCGAUGAACAAAAUUGUCUAAACAAUCUUUUAAUUAGUUUCUGACAGUUACGGUCUGACAUUUUCAAAACAAAAAUUCUACAGUCACUAAAAUGGAGCAUCUUAUGUCAGCUUUCAUACCACCAACAUAUUUGCUUGGUCAUCCCACAAAUGCCGCAUUGUCUUCCUCAUCAGCAACAACAUCGCCUGCAACAUCUCCCAUCGCUGCGGCACUAACGAAACCUAAACGUUGGGGUUCUCCACCCGUUAACAUGGCUGGUCAAUUCAUUAAUCCCGCCACUGGUAAAAAGCGCGUGCAAUGCUCUAUUUGCUUUAAGACCUUCUGCGACAAGGGAGCAUUAAAGAUACAUUUUUCUGCGGUACACUUGCGUGAAAUGCAUAAAUGCACUGUUGAGGGUUGCAACAUGGUGUUCAGCUCGCGGCGUUCACGUAAUCGCCACAGCGCAAAUCCCAACCCAAAACUGCACUCACCACACAUACGACGCAAAAUUUCACCUCACGAUGGCCGCACCGCACAACAGUUUCCUGUCUUUCCGUUGUCACCUGCCGGUCUAAUGCCUUCUGCCGCUGGUUUGCCCGCAUUUCCGGGCUUAAUGCCACCAACCGGUUAUCACCCACAUCCAGCAGCAGCAAUGUUUGGCGAAUUUGCCCCACAGCCAAGCACAAAUAUGCCGCAUAUGUUCAUGAAACAGGAACACGUGUUCGGUGUACGUAAUGAUUCAACUGGUUCAUAUUCUUCAGAUGCAGAUGAAGAUGAUGGUUACAUAUUAGACGUGCAUACAAAUGGUUCGAGUACUAGUCAGGGUAGUCAUAGUGAUAUUGAAGAUUAUUGCCGCGAAAUAGAUGAAGACGAUGAGGAUGAAGAAUUGAUUUCAGUUUCAAUUGAAGAAGAACCAGCAAUGCAUACGGAUGACUCAAACGAGCCACUUGAUUUUAGUCUACACAAGCGUCAUGCAGCUGAAUGCCUAAGUCCAAGUAACAUAACUAUGUCUAGUAAUAGUAAUGAUUGCAAGAGUCCAACUCAAAGUAAUUCAUCAAAACUAAGCGGAAACUUUUCAGUUGACUGCUUAUUGGGUAAGCGAAAACGUACCAAAAGUGAAACGGAAUUGUCGAGUAGUUCACCAGUCACAGUUAAAAUGGAACUAACGAACGAAGAAGUACCAACAAUAAGCUGCCUCGAUCUCUCUUCUCAACUGAAGAAAUCACACACUACCAUCCCGUUACCUGCAUCAAUAUCGCCUUUAUCACCGGAAGAGCAGCGCUUGCGUUUACUCCAAUCACAAAUGUUCGCUGCCGCUGCUGCAGCAGCUGCUGCAAACCAAGCAGACUCCGCUGAUACCCGCACCUCACCCAUGCCGACCGCACCAACCACAGAUGCCACAACACAUCCAGCGCCGCCCAUGUGGAAUUUACUCUCCGAAGUCUACCGUUCCAUGCUCAUGAACAACAAUCUCAAAACUCAGUACAACGAAAUCUCGACGAACGCAAUUUCGGUUUAAGUCUCGGCUGAACACCUGCAACGGCUGUUCAUUGCCUUCCUUGUUGUGCACUUGCAAUGUGUUUAAUUAUGUAAAUAUUUUUAUUCGAAAUGCAAUUUUAAUGCAUUUAUGUGUGUAUAAUUUAUUUGUAAAUUUGAUAUAUUUGUAUCCAUCGUCUUACCUACAAAAGUAUUCAAAGAAAGUAUUUUUACUCUUAAAUGAACGCACUCCUCGCUACAAAAAGCCAAUGUGCAAUAGAGAGGUUUCUUCUCUUCUGUGUUUUUUUCAAAUAUUUAAUUUUUAUUAAUUUUUUUAAAAAUUAGUUUAUAUUG